AUUCAUCACCCUCACUCCCCCAAUCCCUGCCUCCACCAGUCCCCCGCCGAUCCUCCGUCGCCGUCCUCCCUCCCUUCCUCCAAAAUUCCUUCGAUUAGGGUUCAUCUCCUCUCUUUAAAUUUCCCCAUUUCGCUCUCCUCCGCUCCGCAUUCCGUCCCUGCUUCCUUUUCCCCUUUACUUUCCUUCCACUUCCCAGCUCAUCCCUCCCUCUCGCAUGGAUCUGAUACCCCAAUGUGCCAGCUCAACCGCGCCGCUUCUCCUCCUCCUCCUCCUCCUCCGCCGCCAUCUAUAGCGGCGGCGGCCCCUCGCCGGUCUAAGCCCGCCCCGCCCGCUCCGAUGAAGCGGCCGGCGCGCCCCCUUUUCAGCAUUCUGCUCCUCGCUCUGCUCGCCGUCGCCCUCACCUGCCGCACCGCCCUGCUGCGCCGCGGCGGCGGCGUCAUCGGCGGCGGAGGCGUCGGCGCUGGCGGAGUCGUCGGCGGGCCUUUCGAGCUGGAGGGCGCGGCCCAGUCGGUGAUGCGGGGAGCGCCGCUGCCGGACCUCAACUCGUCCAUGCUUCGGUACGCCGAGAUCGACGCCUCGGAGGAGUGGCUCAAGAAGGAGACCGAGCAGCUCCUGGAAGGCGACCUCGCGAGCAGCGGCCGAUUCCGGACCUACGGCACUUGGCGGAGGUUCAACCACCACGACCCCAAGGCGAGAAACUCCCGGGGCAUGCCGACGCUCCGCUCGCCGAUGUUCUACCGGUACUGGCUCGAUUUCAGGAGGAAUCUGCGGGAUUGGGCGCGGAGCAAGCGGUUUCAGCCCGAUGUGAUGGACGAUCUGGUUCGGCUGGUGAAGCAUCCGCUCGAUAGGCACGCCGGCCUGCCGGCCUCGGACCGCCGGUACGCCUCCUGCGCGGUGGUGGGCAACAGCGGGAUCCUGCUGCAGAGCGGCCAUGGCGAGUUGAUCGACAGCCACGAGGCGGUGAUACGGCUGAACAACGCGAGGAUCGAGAACUUCGGGCGCGACGUCGGGUCGAAGACCACCAUCUCCUUCGUGAACAGCAACAUCCUCCACUUCUGCGCGCGGCGGGAGGGCUGCUUCUGCCACCCCUACGGCCCCUCCGUCCCGAUGGCGAUGUACAUUUGCCAGCCGGCGCACUUCCUCGACUACAUCAUGUGCAACGCCUCCCACAAGGCCCCGCUGAUCGUGACCGACCCGCGGUUCGACGUGCUGUGCGCCCGCAUAGUGAAGUCCUACUCGCUGCGGCGGUUCGUGGCGGAGACGGGGCGGCCGCUGGAGGCCUGGGACGCCGCCCACGACGCCGCCAACUUCCACUACUCCUCGGGGAUGCAGGCAGUGAUGCUGGCAGCGGGGAUAUGCGACCGGGUCAGCCUCUUCGGGUUCGGGAAGUCGGCCGCCGCGAAGCACCAUUACUACACGAACCAGAAGAGCGAGCUGGGUCUGCACCAUUACGAGGCGGAGUACGAUCUGUACCGGGACUUGGCGCAGCAGCCGCGGGCGAUCCCGUUCGUUUCAGCUAAGUUCAGGUUCCCUCCCGUGGCUAUUUAUCGAUGAAGUUGGUCGAUUUUUCUUCUCUUUCUUUUCUUUUCGGAUCUUGGGAUCGAUUUUGUUCCACCCUUCGAUUCGUCACACGAUUGGUAUAGUUUGCUCAUGUUACAAAAACUGUAAUUUUCCCACCGGCUUGUCCAAAAAGAAAUGUUCCUGCAAAUUCCACCUA